GCUCGCGCUCAUCAGUUUGUGGGCGGGGUCUGUGUGAGUAUUUAGAGCAGGUAGCCAGCGGCUGGAAUUCAGUAUUCAGCUCCUCCAGCUAGAGAGAGGAAGGAGGAACGUGGGAUUAAAAAGCCAUACGGAUCAAGAAAGAAACCGUCGAAGUAGGAGCAAAGACUCUUCUUUAGAGGAUGGCUUUCAACAAGCUGACAUCAAGUGCUGCCCUGCUUUAUGAUGCGUGGCUUAAAGAUGCUGACCCAAGAGUCGAGGACUGGCCUCUUAUGUCCUCUCCGUUCCCUCAAACUAUGAUCAUCCUUUCCUACAUCUACUUUGUCACGACGCUGGGACCUCGUCUGAUGGAGAACCGUAAACCUUUUGACCUCAAGCAACCGAUGAUCAUCUAUAACUUCAGCAUAGUCAUCUUCUCAAUUUACAUGAUUUAUGAGUUUCUCAUGUCUGGCUGGGCCAAUGGGUACUCAUACGGGUGUGACCUUGUGGAUUAUUCCAGCUCACCACAGGCUCUCCGAAUGGCAUGGACUUGCUGGCUGUAUUACUUCUCAAAGUUCAUUGAGAUGUUGGAUACUAUUUUCUUUGUGCUGAGAAAAAAGAACAGCCAAGUCAGUUUCCUCCAUGUGUACCAUCACUCAAUCAUGCCCUUUACAUGGUGGUUUGGAGUCAAGUUUGCUGCAGGUGGUCUGGGAACCUUCCAUGCCCUGCUAAACUGCUGUGUCCAUGUGGUCAUGUACAGCUACUAUGCCUUGUCUGCUUUGGGCCCAAGCUAUCAGAAAUACCUCUGGUGGAAGAAGUACAUGACUACUAUUCAGCUGGUUCAGUUUGUAAUGGUGACUGUUCACGCUGGCCAGUUUUUUUUCAUGAAGGACUGCCCUUACCAAUUCCCAGUGUUCCUCUAUGUCAUUGGCUUGUAUGGGCUGAUCUUCCUGGUUCUUUUCCUCAAUUUUUAUUACCAUGCCUACACCAAGGGUAAGAGGUUGCCCAAGGUCCUACAGAAUGGCACAUCCUUCCUUAACCGUGCACACAAGACUGACUAAGGUCUGUGUUUGGUUAAACAAUAAGCGAAGAUCCUGCAGCUUUUUAAAGUCUUUAUUUUUCCUUUAACCAUUUCAGAAACUUUACCCACUGUGUUUUAUGUUAAAACUUUGUGGAAUGCCACUUUCUCACUGAAUAUUGCCCAACUAGCACAUGUGGUUUUUACACUGAAGAUGUGGAUCCUGGUUUGUAUGGUUUUCACUCGGGUUCUGAAAUGUUUAUGGGGUACAAAUAUUAUAUAUAAUUUUUUUAAAUAUACCCUUUUUGUACAUUUUAAACCCAGCUUUGAAAGAUUACCUAACUGCUGGUUUAACUAAAUACAUGGAUCAUGAGAGCAGAGGUGCUUUAUUUGAAUGCUUUUGGCCUUUAAAAGGGACCAUGAAGGGUUUGCUUAUAACUUUGUAGCUUUCAUAAGCAAACCUUAGGCACCCCGAUGAAAAGCAUGACCGUUAACUUUGCUCGAGUCCAAGGUUGAAUUUGGCAAAAGUGGUAGCUGGAGUUCAUUUUGUAACUUUUUUUUUUCCCCCUGUGUGUUUAUUAACUUCUUAAUAUGGCUGUGUUUUUUAAAAAAAAAAAAAAAAAAAAGUCUGACUGAGGCAUGGGUGUUCAAAAAACCAAAUUUGCCAGUGAUCUAUGAAGACUCGUGUUUUUCCUUAGUCCUUGUGUAUUUAUGUAUAUUUUUUGUAUUUCUUUACAAUGCUCUAUUUAUACUUUUUGUUAAAUUGAAAAAAAAUGUACCUUUUUCCUUUUUAUUAUUCAACUAAAUAAAUUAUUUGUCCAUA